GCUAAAUUGAAAUAAAUCAAAGCCGGCAAAAAAAAUUCAUCGACUUGCCGCAACAUUGCCGCAAUUAAAUGCUGCAAAAUGGAUAUUAUAUUUUCCCAGGAUGUGCACGAUGAACAGAAGUUCCUCGAUUGCGCGGAGAAACUGAAGUACAACGAGUUUUGGGCGAAAAUGUUUGUAUUAUACAAUAAGCGCAGCGAUGGGGAUGUGUUUGAGCUAAUGCCCGAUGACCGGUUGACACAGUUACUCUACGGAUGGGGGGUUUGCCACCUGCCUAUCAGGGAUUCCGAGUCCCUAAAGGAUCCAGAGCUGUGUCACAUGGUCAGGGUUUUGCUCUACCACUCGCUGCUGAUGUGGUUUAGCGAAGAGUGGAAGACCUGCUCCGAAGUCCGCAAGCUGCUUUUGCUCAACAGCCUCAACAAGGCAGUGCCGGCAUUCCGCCAGAUUGGUGACCUGCCCAAUAUCAACUGGUCGUACGUUCUGCAGCUCCAAACGCAGCCCUGGAGCCUGCCCUACCUGGAGCAGCUUUUCCUUAACCUGAACCUGAACAAACAAGACGCCAUCGAAUACACAGUUCAAGAGGCAUCAGAAGAAGACGUUGCUUUCCUCAUGCAGGAAGGGGUAUCCCUGGCCCUGCUGCGACUAGUCCAGCUCUUUAACGCCGGCAACUUUGAGGCUGUGAACCAGUUGGCGCUUCGGAUGCUGGGUGCUUGGCUGAAAAUCCACCAUAAUGCCCCACUUGUGUCCUUUGAAGGGGAUGAAAACACAAUUACACUAAUCGGUCAUCUAUACCUCUUGGCUGCCUUUGUUAGAGAUGAUAAGCAAGGCUAUGUGAUUGAUCAUUUGAUGACCGACAUAAGGUUCUAUGUCCAGAUCUCGGCCGGAUUAUCGAUCCCAUCUGGAAUUUCAUAUACGCCAUCUCGGCUUAUUGCCGAGGUUUGCGUGCGUCUUCGAUUCGAAAAGAAUGGGUUUUUUGAGAAAAUUGGAUUUAGGAAAUUUAAACUCAGUCUGGCCACUUCAUUUGCCGUCAUACUGGAUGCCUACUCCAGCUAUGUGCUGGGGAAUCUCUUGAUGGAUCUUCAGGCGCUUAACGAGCACGAUUUCCUGGAGCACCUGCCACAGUACAAAAAGCUAAUGAAUCGCUAUGUAGAGGAGCGGGAGAGCAGCGAGCGCUUCCUUCUAAACGAGCUCAAGAAGAUGGAACAACAGCGAAACAGCUCCACUAAACCACAUGUAGUAGACCUAAAUCUCAACUACCAGCAGCACAUAUGCAAGGGAAACCGAGCCAGCAACAUAAACAACUACAACUGGGAUGACGACGAAGAGAUUCAGCCUCAGGUGGGCGAAGAACAAGAAGAACAAAAAGAUCCAGUUUUUCAAAAGGUACCAAACAAUGAGGAAGUUUUGAGCUAUGUGUACAAACUGCUGGCAGAACGGGAUUUUUCCGGCUGGAGGUUUGCUAAGAUUGCCCUGCUGCUGAAAAUCAUUGGGCAACAAAUAAAUGCAUUAGAAAUAUGGAGAUAUCACUCCGGAUUAACCGUUGAUUUUAUGCUUGAUUUGGAGCAAAAGAUGUCUGCAAGCUAUGCUGACCUAGCCAAAUUGUUCUCCGACCAUGGGUUUAUGGAGGCAGAAUUCUGGCUGACUGCUUUCUAUCUCCACCCCACAUCAUCAAAUUAUAACGAAGUGAAGCGCUGUUCGUGGGCCAUGAAAAAUCGACAGGAGGAGGGCGGGCUCCCUGCUCCAGCGCCUAGCAACGUCAAGUACGAAUUGCUGAGCUCCACCAUCGACGUGCACCAGAUUAUGACCAUAACAAACCAUGAAGAUCCAGUGUCCGACUACGAUAAUAUAAACAAGUCGCUGAAGGCGUUGCGUCUUCCCAGCCACAUGACCAAAGACCUCCUAAACGUGGUCUUCCAACCGCGAAAUAAACAAUACUCAUGGGCUCUCGAUUGGCACACGCUACACGAGCGUUGCGAUGCCCUACUCAAAAGCCAGGAGCUGAAGAGAAAAUUUGUGUCUCUUUACAUGGCCGAGUCAUGCGACGACUUGAAAUAUCUCCAGAUCGACUAUGCCAAGUACAGGAAUAGACCACAGUUGGACUAUGGCACCAUAGAAGAGGGCUACGAAAAUGCGACUAAUCUCUCGAAUGAAGAGGGAGAAGCUGAACCAACGCAAGCAGUGGAUGAUAAAGCAGAGAAAGCCAAGGAGCAGAAAAAGCGACACGCACAACGCAAAUUUUGGUAUGAAGUUUCGGAAGAUGAGGAAGAGGCUGCCUCAAGUGAUUCCGAACCCUGCUACUCAGGAAAUGGACGCCGGACUGGGAUGAGAGCUGCAGCCAUUGCAGCCAAAGCCAAAUUGUUUAAAAUGAGAGAGACAUCGAAUAAGCACUUUGUUGCAAAGACCGUCGUCAAGAAACAGCCAAAAAUCACAGUCCAGCCUAAAAAACAAAAAACAGAAAUGUUUUCGGAAGACGAGGAGGAGGCUGCCUCAAGUGCUUCGAAGCCCUGCUACACAGGAAAUGGCCGCCGGACUGGGAUUAGAGCCGCAGCCAUUGCAGCCAAAGCCAAAUUGUCUGCAAUGUCCUCUUCAGAAACAUCGAAAAAGCACUUUGUUACACAGCCCGUCGUCAAGGAGCAGACAAAAGUCGCAGUCCAGCCUAAAAAACUAAAAUCAGUAAUGUUUUCAGAAGGCGAGGAUAAGUCUUCAUCCACCGAUACGGAGCACUACUACACCCGAAAUGGCCGCCUGAAUCGGAUUAGAGCCGCAGCCACUGCAACCAAAGCCAAUUUGCCUGAAAUGGAUCGACAAGUGCGCGGUGGUCGACGAUCGAUCUCUCUAGAGACAUCGGAUAAGCAUUCUGAUACACAGCCCGUCGUCGAGGAGGGGCCAAAAAUCGCAGUACAGCCGCAAAAUCAACGAAAGCGUACGUUUGCCGAGCUGAUAGAGUCACGACCCAAGUUUACCAAUGUAACCGAAGGUUUUAAGCCGAUUCCCGACAUAUGGAAUUUCAACAAGGAAGAGCUGCAGAAUGUGGUUAGCGGGCCCAACGACAUGGUAGAGUGCAGCUCGAUCAUGGACAAAAUGAAGCUAUUGAAGAACCUCAAAAUGUCGAAAUCUGCAAAAGCAGCCGGUCAGCCAUGUCCACAGCUAGUUCGCACAGGAUCAGAAACUGAAAGCGUUAACUCCGAAACUUCCACGAUGGCUACACACGACUUCAACGUGGAGGGGACCAGUGUAAGUUCCUCCGGUGAAGGUAAAGAGCAAACACCUUCGCCGACCGCGAACUCUGAUUUAAGCACAGACCCGGAAGUGUUGAAGCCCACCAAUGAGACUGAGGCGCAAAUGAUCAAUGGCGCCCUAAAAACUACAAACGUGCCACAGAAGACUCUGGACUUACAGUUCUUGUCCAAGAAGCCUAUAAAAACUGUAUAACAGACCCAGGAGCCCCCAGGAGAUGUCAUAGGAACUAGUGAUCUCAAACAGGUUCCCCUAAAUAGCCUGUUCGAAGUAGAUGGACUGGAAGCAAGACAGGCGGACCGAAAGCCAAAAAAACCGAACAAACGGAACAGGAUCUACCAAAUACUAGACAACAGAAAGAUAAGCUCCAUAUGCAACGCCUUUUUUUUUUGUUAUUUCUUUAUUUACAUAUAUACCAUAAC